AGUCGUAAUCGGUCGGGUUCUCUGCACGGUCGCAGCAGCAGCAGCAGCAGUCGUAGGAAGCACGGAGCAGUCUUGGUUUGAAGCUGCGCGUCGCGACGACCAAGUUCCUUGUCUUGUUCUCUUCCGUGAGUGUGCGAAUCCUGUGACGCAAAGUUUGACAGUUCGUGCGGUGGCUACUUGGAUAUCGUGAGUGGGAUACCUCCUUCAGUUGGUGAACUGUGUGAGGGAGAGCAAACACAUGUAAAGCGUUCAAAUUGGUGUGGUAGUGUGCGUGUGACGCAGAAAAGUGAAAGAACGACCAGAUUGGAUAGAUAUGUGAAAAAAAAAACACAAGCAAGAGGGGAAAAUAGAAUAGCAACAAAAAUAUCAUAGCACAUAUCGAAAGGGGCAUCCGAAUGAAUGAAAAGAGAGAAAAAAUAUCAAUUACAAAAAAUUACAACACACAUCUGAGAACGAGCGAAGAGUAUAAAGUGCUGAAUGAUAUUGGCAAAGUGCGAGCGCAACGUGUCAAGUGAAGGAGGAAAAUACAUGUGCUAAAUGUCAACAAAGUAGGCUGCGGACGUGACCAUCAGAAGGGAAACUGAACUGAUCAGCGCAGGUGUUUUUACUCCACCGCACGACACCGGCCGCCACAUCAAGACGGCGAAACACACGAAUAAAAAAUCAAUUAAGAAAUCAGCACACAUAUCACGAGACGAGAGAUGCAACAAAGUUAAGUCAUUUUUGCUGAGCUUAGUGCGCGCGCAUCGAAGCAGGCCAGAAUGAUGAACACCUUCGCCAUGUAAAGAUCGCGCGGCCUACUUGGAGCUUUGAGACGAGUUCGGCGCAGCACACUAGACGGAUUAGCGGAUUGCUAGGAUCAGGAGUUAGGUUACUUGACGACUCAGUGCGCACACACGGCGAAGAGCUCUACAACGAUGGGACUGAUAGGCAGACGGAGAUCGUCCUUCCUGAAGAUCAUCGCACUGCUCGGGGUGGUCUGGUUUAUGGUGGUGUUUGUCCUGUAUUCAGACGACGGAAGCAGUAGCAGUAGUAGAUCGGCGGGUGGAGUUGCGGGACCGAGUGGGGGUGGAAGUGCGUUUGAAGCACCAAGGAGGUUACCUCUGCAGGGUAUCCGGGAUCGGUUCAACCAGUUCAUCAUCAACGCCCGCGAGGAUGCCAACAAGGACGACCUGAGUCCGGAUGUGGACGGUGGGGAAGGUGGCGCGGGAGGGGUUGUAGACUAUGUGAACAACAACAUCGACGGCGAUGUUCCGUUCGUGGAGAAGGAGACCAAGCGGAAAGUGCCACCAAAGAGCAAGAAGCGGAAUGAGAAUCAAGACUUGACGGGCGUGAUCGCCCCACCAAACGAGGACAGUCCGGAUGCGCCCGGAGCCAUGGGCAAGCCGGUGGUUCUCCCUAAGGACAUGUCUCCAGAGAUGAAAAAGGCCGUCGAUGACGGAUGGGCUAAGAAUGCGUUCAAUCAGUACGCGGCGGAUAUGAUUUCAAUCCGGCGCAGUCUUCCGGAUCCACGAGAUCCCUGGUGCAAGGAACCGAACCGGUAUCAGAAGGACCUGCCGGCCACUUCUGUCAUCAUCUGUUUCCACAACGAGGCGUGGUCGGUUCUGCUGCGAACGGUUCACUCUGUGCUCGAUCGCUCUCCUGAACAUCUGGUCAAGGAGGUCAUCCUCGUGGACGACUUUUCCGAUAUGCCGCACACCCAGAAGCAACUGGAGGACUACUUCGAGGCGUAUCCCAGGGUGAAGAUCGUGCGUGCGCCCAAACGCGAGGGACUGAUCCGGGCUCGCCUACUUGGAGCUCGCUACGCCACCGCUCCGGUCCUGACCUACUUGGAUUCGCACUGCGAGUGCACGACUGGUUGGUUGGAACCGCUGCUAGACCGGAUCGCUAAAAACUCCACGACCGUGGUCUGCCCGGUGAUUGACGUGAUCGACGACAACACGAUGGAGUACCACUACAGGGAUUCGGGCGGUGUCAAUGUAGGUGGAUUCGACUGGAAUCUGCAGUUCAACUGGCACGCCGUGCCCGAGAAGGAGAAGCGAAGGCAUAAGAGCACCGCCGAACCUGUGUGGUCCCCGACGAUGGCCGGAGGGUUGUUCUCCAUCGAUAAGGAGUUCUUCGAGCGGCUUGGCACUUACGAUUCCGGGUUUGAUAUCUGGGGAGGGGAGAAUCUGGAACUAUCGUUCAAGACGUGGAUGUGCGGCGGAACGUUAGAGAUCGUGCCUUGCUCGCACGUGGGUCACAUCUUCCGGAAGCGGUCGCCGUACAAGUGGCGAACGGGAGUCAACGUUAUCAAGCGCAACUCGGUUCGGUUGGCGGAAGUGUGGCUGGACGAGUACGCCAAGUAUUACUACCAGCGGAUCGGAAACGACAAGGGAGACUACGGAGACGUUUCGUCCCGGAAGCAGCUGCGCGAGGAGCUGGGAUGCAAGUCGUUCCGGUGGUAUCUGGACAACAUCUUCCCGGAGCUUUUUAUUCCAGGCGAAGCUGUCGCUUCCGGAGAGGUAAGAAAUAUGGGCUACGGAAACCGAACCUGUCUGGAUGCACCGGGAGGCAAGAAGAACCUGCGGAAACCAGUGGGGCUGUACCCUUGCCACAAUCAGGGCGGCAAUCAAUACUGGAUGCUGAGCAAAACGGGCGAGAUCCGGCGGGACGAGGCCUGCCUGGAUUACGCCGGCCAGGACGUGAUCCUGUACCCGUGCCACGGUUCCAAGGGCAACCAGUACUGGAACUACUCGCCCAGCUCGCGCCUGCUGCGCCACGGCUCCUCGGACAAGUGUCUCGCGAUCAACGAGAGCAAGCAGAAGCUGGUCAUGGCCGACUGCGACGCGUCGGUGGAGGCGCAAAAGUGGCUGUUCCAGAACUACGAUCCUAGCAAGCUGUGAAUUGAGCGCGCGCACACGUACACAAAUUGCCAAUUGUCUACAGAACAGGUGGAGCAAAAUGAGUCCAAAACAGGAAGACGUGACUAGCGGAGUAAAGUGGUUCAUUUUUUUUACUAAAUUAGUCCAUUUGUUUUCCCCACGUGGCAAGCAAGUAGCAUAGGUAGAGAAAUGAUUUUAAUGUGAUUUUUACGAUAAAUUAUUAUUUAGCGAUAGAAUGCUCCUCGUAAGCUUCCUUGCUUCCGCGAAAGAUGCUGUGAGAUUGCACAGCGAGUUAGUUUUGUUCCUGAAUUUGAUUUAGUAAAAAAAGAAAGUGUUCGGCAUGCCCCUUCGAGUACGAGUACAAAUCUAACCUACAAAACCAAAUUAGCGACGAUAGAAAUUUCAUUUUCCCCCCUUUUUCGGUACUUACUCGAACGUUUGAUUAACAAACGCAAGAACAAACUGCCAUAAAUCAUUCCACGAAUUUUACAGAGAAAGAAAGCGUCCAAUCUGCAAGCAAACACCAGACUAUCAAAAAAAAAAUCUUCCUUUAAAAGACUUUUCAUUUUUAAUUAUUUUACACCGUAGAGAACCUCUGAAAACCUGAAAACUCCCGGAAACGAAAGAUUUCACGUAUUGCCGCGCGAUCGCAGCAGGCUAUGAUCGUUUUCGUUCCUUCCAAUCGUUGUUUUUUCUAAAAUCUUCGUUUCUAUUGUUUUGUGCUACGCCGCACAAAAUCGCUAGAGAUGCUCACGCACGCUUACUGCGAUUAGAACGUGUUGCAACCGGUGAUCGGGUUGCUGCGUUUUUUGGUUUCGUUGCAAUACUUUUACCCCACCCCGACAUGGAUAACGACAAAAUAGAGUUGCUCAAAGGUGUUUUAAAACAUGUGACGAAGUAAACCCCCCUCAAAUUUACAAAAACACACAUUCCAAUAUUGUACUAUCUUACUUAGUGAGGAAACAUUAAAAGUUGUUAAAACACACAAAUAAACAUAGAAUAGCAGCGCGAUAGGACGUGGAUGCUGCGUGGUUCAAACAUAUCAGGAUACGACAUUCAGAGAAAAGGUUUGCCAUAGAUAAACUGAUUUUUCUCGUUUUCCGUUAGUUUUUUAACAACAAUAACACACAAAACCGACAUAUCUAAAGCAUUGAAACUCUUCCCGCUAUUAGUUUUCUAAGAAACGUUACACUUGAAACAAAUCUAUUACGAGAGACAAUUGAACUGUUUUCUAAUACUAAUUUGUACAUCUUAACUGGUAGAAACGAAAAAAAGAAACGUUAUUUUUGUUCUUACUCCUCCCGUGUAGUAAUACAAAUUAUUAUAAUACAAAAAAAACAAGUAAACAACUACAAAUAACUGUAUCAUAAGAGAGAGAAGCGAGUACGAGUGGUGCGAGUGCGAGAGAAAAACUCCGAUCGUAGAUCGAAGCGAUGGCGAGACAAUGAAUUGAACCUUCGGAAAGAGAGUGCGGAUGAGCGUAUAUAUUUCUACAUGUGCCUUGUAAAUUAUUAUCAUUGGUUACGAUUAUGAGACAAAGUGAAUGCUAUCAAUUAACUACACACAAACAACACACUUUGAAAACAAGAAAAAAAAAACACACGUGUUAUUUUAAUGAAAUUGAAAGAAAAGAGAGCA